AUGGAAGAAUCACUAAAGCACUUCAAUCGAGUCCACUUAUUGGCUGGAAUAACAAUAUUUGACAAAGAGAAAAACAAAUCCAAAACAUGGCUGCUCUUUCAAUAUUUCAACGUUUUAAUUGGAUUGCUUACUUUCGUCUGUACCACCAUUUUUGUUCUGUCUAAUCUCUCUGAUGUUUUGAUAUCCAUCCAAGGCGCUUCUGUUUGGACUACAGGAGUCGUAAUGUUCAUAUCCCUUGUAAUCUGUCUAUUAUAUCGAAAAGAGUUCAGGGCAUUCUUGGAAGAGAUGGUGUUAGCCGAUUUAUUGCUAGAAAUGCCAUUAAUACAACACGUUUUACAAAAUCAAGUAAAACGAGGGAGGUCGCUUCAGUUAAAGGAGCUAGUAAUCGGCUCCCAAGAUAAAUUGUUUAAAUUAAUAACAGUUGUAUUGAAAGCAUACGUUUUCUUUGUUUCAUUGUCUGCAAUUUUGUACUUAUGUGGCCCGAUUUAUUUAAUGAGCGUAAGGAAGGACGAGUCGUUGCGUCUGUUAGCCUUCGAUAUGUGGUUUCCUUGGGGGUUAGAAAACUUCACCGUAUACGUGGCCUCUUUCCUAUUCCACGCUUACGCUGGAUACUUAUGCUGUAUUGCUUACUCUGGCAUACAAUCAACGAUAAUUUUACUUGUUGGCCAGAUUAUUCGUCAAUUGAGGAUUCUUACCUUUGUGCUAUUGAAUUUGGAUGAAUUAGUGGAAGAAUUGUUGCAAGCAAAACCAGAAUUAUGGCAACCAGGAUGUACUUCUGUAUUUUCACAGUGCGUAGAGCAUUACAUAAAAAUUAAAAGGUUUGCGAAUAGAUUGAACGGUAUAGCCCGGACGUUCUAUCUAGCUUUGAUAUUAGCUGCGACAAUUCUAGUGUGCGUGUGUUCCGUGAAAAUUGCUAUAUCGGACAAACUGUCUCCUGAUGUCAUUAAAUACUAUGUCCACGAGUUCUGUUACACAUUGGUGGUGCUAAUGUUUUGUUAUUUGGGUCAAGCGAUUGAUAACGAGUGUGAAAAAUUUGAAGAAGCUAUCUCAGAAAAAUGGUAUAUCUUCGAUAUAAAGCACAGGAUCCAUGUAAGAAUAUUCAUGAUGGCGGCGAGGGAGAGAAUGCCGAUAUACAUUUUUGGCUCCGUCGCUCUUUCUUUGCCGACGUUUACUUGGUUUAUCAAGACGGGUAUGUCUUUCUUCACUUUAAUCAUGUCAGUUAUAAAAGAAUAA